GAAGAAGCAGCGUGAACCAGAAGUGACGUCAUCUCCUUUUUCCUGCUACGAAGCUCGAUAAACAAACAAAAGCAAGACAUUACAUUUAAUAUAUUAACGAGUCUGAGGUCAUUUUAAAUUCCUCCUAUAUAAAGAUAUGUCUACCAGGAACUCUAUGUUUUCGUGAAACCUCUACAAUUUAAGGCUAAUACAGGUUAGCAUUGGUUUUAGCUGUCUGUCAGUAGUUAGCUUCGUUAGCUCGUGAUGUUUGUUUUACGUCUGGGAAGAAGCGACAUGAAGAAGAUGAAGAAGCAGUGUUAGCAUCUGCUGCACAACUGAAGAUUGUCAGGUUGUGGGAACCUUGGCGCAGGUUUUAACCCAAAGUGCUCUCCUUUCAUCUGGUCAUCAUGGCGUGGGCUCUGAAGCUUCCUCUCACGGACGAGGUGAUCGAGUCCGGUUUGGUGCAGGAUUUCGAUGCCAGUCUGUCGGGCAUCGGGCAGGAGCUCGGGGCGGGGGCGUACAGCAUGAGCGAUGUCCUCGCCCUCCCCAUCUUCAAACAGGAAGAGUCCAUCCUUCCUCCGGACAACGAGAACAAGAUCCUCCCCUUUCAGUACGUUCUGUGUGCAGCUACCUCUCCCGCCGUCAAACUGCACGAUGAAACCCUCACCUACCUCAACCAAGGGCAGUCCUAUGAAAUAAGAAUGCUUGACAAUCGGAAAAUUGGGGAACUUCCGGAAAUCACUGACAAAAUGGUUAAGAGCAUCCUCCGGGUGGUGUUUCAUGACCGCCGGCUGCAGUACACGGAGCACCAGCAGCUGGAGGGCUGGCGCUGGAACCGACCCGGGGACCGCAUCCUGGACCUGGAUAUCCCCAUGUCCGUCGGCAUUAUCGACCCCCGAGCAAACCCGACUCAGCUCAACACUGUGGAGUUCCUCUGGGACCCGUCGAAAAGAACCUCAGUUUUUAUCCAGGUACACUGCAUAAGCACAGAAUUCACGAUGCGUAAACACGGAGGAGAGAAAGGCGUUCCUUUCCGGAUCCAGAUCGACACAUUUAAGGAGAACGAGAACGAAGAGUACACCGAACACCUGCACUCUGCGUCCUGCCAGGUCAAGGUCUUCAAGCCUAAAGGAGCCGACAGGAAGCAGAAGACGGACCGAGAGAAGAUGGAGAAGAGAGCGCCGCAGGAGAAAGAAAAAUACCAACCAUCGUAUGAAACGACUAUCCUGACAGAGUGCUGCCCCUGGCCUGAGGUUUCGUACGUCAGUAACUCUCCGUCUCCGGGAUUCAACACCUCGCACAACAGCUUCCCCGUCGCUGAAGGAAAUGGUUCCCCGACCCACCUGCCCGAGCCGGUCGUACAGGUCGCUGAUGUAAGUGCACCGCCCUCUACACUCGAGUUGUUUCCUCCCCCGCAGAAUCUGUUACCCACGGCAACGCCACAGGACGCUCAACAAUGGCUUCUAAGAAACCGCUUCUCUCCUUUCUGUCGGCUCUUCACCAACUUCUCAGGAGCCGACCUGCUGAAGCUGACCAGAGAGGAUGUGAUCCAGAUCUGUGGACCGGCUGAUGGGAUCCGACUCUUCAACGCUCUGAAGGGACGGGUGGUGCGCCCCAGGCUGACGGUGUACGUCUGUCAGGAGUCUCAGCAGGCCAGAGAGCAGCAGCCCAAACAUGAGAACGGAGACGCUGCUGCUAACACUUUCUUUGUAUAUCACGCUAUUUACCUGGAGGAGCUCACUUCCUCGGAGCUGACGGAGAAGAUCGCUCAGCUCUUCAACAUCUCGCCACGACAAAUCAAUCAGAUCUUCAAACAGGGACCCACCGGCAUCCACGUGCUGGUCAGCGACGAGAUGAUUCAGAACUUCCAGGAUGAAGUCUGUUUUGUUCUGGACACCAUGAAAGAUGACUCGAAUGACGGUUACCACAUCAUCCUGAAGUGAAGGCAGGAGCUCUUUAAUCCCGAAUUAAAGAUACAUCCUGUCUGCCAGCUCAUUUGAGUCCUGUUGUGAACCCGAAAAUGUAUAAUACGGGUCCUCGGCAGAUAGACACUGCCGGAUUCUAACCUGCAUAUGUUGGACAAUUUUCACAAUUAGCAUAAGUUGUGUUAAUUAGCAUAUCCAGACAGUAGUUCAAAAAACGACUCAGCUGAUUUUGGACAGUUUUUGAGUGGCUUUGGAGGUUAUGAGUAUGUUGGACCAGUUUUUGACAUUUUUUUGGAUCAUAAAUGGCAGUUUUAAACAGAAAGUGGCCAUAUUUGUACCUCCGAAAGGACUGAUUUGAUGAAUUUUGGGUCGUCUUUGAGUUUCUAGAAGAGUGCUAUACAAGUCACAUGUAUUAUUAUUAUUAUCAUUAUAGGGGACUCAUAACUGACAUUUUUGAUGCUACAAGGGUCAGGAAUUGAUUCAACAUCCUCAAUAUACCUUAGAAACCACAACACAAUUGUCCAAAUCAACCAAGCCAUUAUUUUUCAGCUAUUGUCUGCAACUUAUCCUAAUUGUGCAAAUUGUCCAACAUAUGCAGGUUAGCAUCCGGCAGUUUCUACGUGCUGCGGACCCGUACUGUACAUGUCUAACAUAGAACUUUGUUGUGCUCGGCAAGUGCUGGCAAGCAGAAGAAUAAGUGGAGGACGCCUCGAGAGAAAACAUCUGAAGCCCCGCCCUCUCCUCACUUGACCUUACUGUCUGACUCCUGGGGUAGUGACUGUGCAGUGAUCUCCUCCUCACACUUUCUCCCUUUUUAGCGCUCGCUUUUCUCCCUUUCUUCUCGCUUCUUGUCAUGAACGAGGUUAGCGGCACUACAGCUGCUGAAAUCAACGUUAGCCGAGCAUCUGGCGUGCCAAAACUGUGCUUCAAACAACAACCAAAAUAUGGAAAAAAGCAGCAAAAAAAACUCUGUUAUAGCUGACUUCUGAUGCCAGUCUGCAGGACACAUGGUCACACCAUCACAUAAAGGACUUUUAAGGGAAGCUGAUGCUAACAAAGUAUUUUCUUGGUUUGAACUGUUGCUGUGGAGCGGGGAAAUACUCUUCCCAGACUCCUAAACACUCAUAGGUCAUUGUAAUUCGAGUGGAGCGCCCACAGGAUCUCCUGGUUGCUACUUAUGAACUCUGAAUGAUGAGGAAACACCGUCUGUGUUAGUGAUCACCUGCAUGUGUUACUAUGGAGUGGUGCAGAGAUGUCUGUUGGACCCUGAAGGCAGCAUCUCCCUGGUUCAGUGGAAUUUUGGAUUAUUGCAGUAAAUAAUCUCUGUGUCAAACAAACGUUUAUGAUACUAACACGUUUUGUUCAGCAGGAUAAUCUCCACAUAUUAACACCACUUAAUGAUUUCUAGGGAUGCUCCGAUCGGAUCGGGUGGGUCGGGGCUAUGGGGGAUCUUCCAUUUAAAGUGAUGUUUAAAACUCAGUUAAUGGGGCUCAUUUUUAUAUUGCUUCAGUUUAUAAUCGUAACGGAUCGAAAAGUUCAGAUACAUUUUUCAAUACA